GCCGUGCUGUGGCCGGUGAUGGAAGUGGGGUGGCUGUCGUUGCCAUUGUGGCUGCAGGGCUUGGCGCUGCUGUGGGGCCGAGCCAGCAUAGGGCUGGCGCAGCUCAGCACCCCGGCUCCGCCAGCACCGGUACAGGCAUGUUCAGAGUUUUCCCAGAAGUCCUGUGAAGAAUGUUUAAAAAAUGUUUCAUGCCUUUGGUGUUACACCAACAACACUUGUGUUGAUUACCCUGUAAGAAGCAUUCUUCCACCAUCUUCAUUAUGUUCCCUCUCAAAUGCUCGAUGGGGAGUUUGCUGGAUAAACUUUGAGGCUUUAAUUAUAGCCAUAGCUGUAGUAGCUGGGCUCAUUCUGGUGUCCAUAGCAGUCUGUUGCUGUUACUGCUGUUACUGCAGAAGGCGUUCCAGGAGUGGACCAGAUGAAGAAGAAGAACAGCUAGCUAGAAAGAGAGAGGAACGAAGAUUACAGUCUCUUCAGAGGAAACAUGAAAUAAAACUGAAGCACGAUGAAAUACGUAAGAAGUAUGGUCUUCUCCAGGAUUCUGAUAAUCCAUACAGCAGAUUUGAGAAUGAAUAAAGCUGAGCACCUUCCACUAGAGCUGUACCUUGAGAAUGCAGAAAGAUAAUUUGUUUUCUUUUGCCCUUUGGGCUUUCUUUUGCUUCUUUUUUCCCCCAAAAAAAGUCAUUUGAUUUUCAUUUUUUUUGUUUUGCUUUGGGUUUGUUUCCUGGUUGUAAAACCAGGAUUGGAUAAAGAUUUCAUGAAAUACAUGUUUCUGUCUUUUGCCUAUGUAGAACUAAUUUUUUUAUAAAUGCUUUGGUUUUUGAAAUGCUGGCUGAUUUAUUUUUUUUUUCCUUUAUGGUGACUUUUUUUCCUUUAAGUGUGAAAUGCUAUUUUUCCUCCUCUUAAAACUGUAUUUUAUUACUUGAUGUAUGUAGCUGAUAGGCACAAUCACGCGUUUGCAUUCAGUCUUAACUGCCACUUAAAACACUUGUUGCCAUGUUCCUAAUAAAGAUAUUUCCCUACUGUAGCUUUUAUUUUUAUGAAAAAAAGCAAUAUGGAAGCACAGCUUCACACAGCAGAAAUAGCUGUUGUUGAUAUUGAUGAGAAAAUAAACCAGGCACAUUCUUCUGUGAUACCAUAAUGUGAGAAUAGGGUGGAGGUUUUUUUCCCCUCUGGAAAAAGAUCUUCAAGAGUGUAACGUCUAAGGGUUGAGAGAGGGAAGCAUGUUUGUCUCUGAAAUUUUCAAAUUCAGUUGUAGAAAUACUAAUACAUGAUGAUGUGAAAAAGAAAUUGCUGUAGUUAGCAAAAUUGGAAGAAGGUCACUCUUGAUAUAAGCAUAGUUAUAUGUGCCUAAAUUCAAGCAGAAGCAUCAGUCUUUGUGAACACUUUCUUCUGUAAGCUUAAUAUAUAAUUAACCAAAAAAAUGUUGCCAGAUUCUGCAUUUAACCAGGGUUAACCCUGGCCACCCUGGCUGAGCACCACCCAGCAGCUUGCUCCCUUCCUCCACUGGGAUGAGGGAGAGAAUGGGAACAGGGAAGGCGAGAAAACUCUUGGACUUGAGAUAGAGAGUUUAAUAAGGGAAGAAAAGGACAGGAGGAACAAGGCAGUCACCACCUCUCAGAAGUAGACCUCUGCCUCCCCUUCCAUCAAUUUUUGUUGCUGAGCAUGAUGAUCUGUUGCCUUGAAUAUCUCUUUGGUCAGUUCUGACUGUUUGUCCCAGCUGUGUCCCCUCCCAGCUCAUUGCCUGCUUGCUGGAGUGGGCAGAGUAGGAAAAAUGAAACCUCGAUGCUGUGCAAGCACUGCUCAGCAAAAGCCAAAGUCUUGGUGUGUUAUCUGCACUAUUCUAGCCACAGAUCCAAAGCAAAGCAGCGUACAGGCUGCUAUGCAAAAAGUUACCUCCAUCCCACCCAGACCCAAUAUAGUAGGAAAGCAGUAUUUUUGUAACCUUUCAUUUUUUUUGAUAUUUCCAUAAUGUGAUUUAUUUCCUGUCUUUCUUUUCAUAGAGAUGGUUAAUUGAGCCAUCUUUGUAGCUUACCAAUAUGACACAAUAAGCAAGGAGCUUUUCUCCAUCUUCAGUGCAAGUUUCCAUUUAUUCUGUACUCUUUAAAUAACCUUCUUUCACGUAUAUUAUCUAUUGAAAAAACGUACAAUAUUGAAGAUGUUCAUGUUAUUUUUAUCAGCAUUCCUAAAAUAAAUAUUUAACAUGUUAAUUUGCUUCUGUUCAGUUCUGUUUUUCCAUACAAUUUUAAAUUAACUUGGUUAAAAGUGAUCAAAUAUGAGUUUGGGGGAAGGAAAAGUAUUCACUUUUGGUGUUUUUUUUCUGACAGAAGAAUAAGAUCUUAACAGCACAAAGGUAUGAUGGGAAUUAAAUUUUGUCUGUGGGUGCUGAGGUGAGCUGCUGUUCCUUUCCAAUGCCAAUGAACCUGCCACCACUUUGGCUUCAAUAACUAUGGCUUUUCACUGCUUUUGGCGCAGUGUUUGCUUCCAUUCUUUUACUGCUUUAAAAAUUCUGUAAACAGUUUGUCAGGAUUUAACAUUAAAAUGGUUCCCAGUUCCUGGAUCUGUAUUGUAAUUAGUGGAAUAAUGGUCCAGUUUUCUUUUUUGUCUUUUUAUUUCUCAACUCAUAUUUAGCACUUUAUUAGUAGGCACUGUGUUUAAUUUCUUAUGUUUCUUCAUCUGCCAGCUAUUGUCAAGACUGAAGUAUUAUUCAAAUGGAUGUCUUUGAAGAAUGAUGUUCUGUGAUAAGAGUUGAUAGUGUGGAAAUAAAACAUGCUGAUGGUUUUCCCUAGAG